GGGCCCCCAAUAAGAGCCCUGGAGGGGUGCCCCGCGCUUCUUGUCAGACCUUCAGCCUGCUCAGCACACCCAAAAACCUUCAACAUGGUCGAUGCCUUUUGCGCCACUUGGAAGCUGGUGGACAGCGACAACUUCGAUGACUACAUGAAAGCUCUUGGCGUGGGGUUCGCCACCCGGCAGGUGGGCAACGUGACCAAGCCCACCGUCAUCAUCAGCCAGGAAGGCGACAAGGUGAUCAUCCGCACGCAGAGCACCUUCAAGAACACCGAGAUCUCCUUCAAGUUAGGGGAAGAGUUUGAUGAGACCACCGCUGACGACAGGAACUGCAAGUCCACAGUGAGCAUGGACGGAGACAAGCUGGUCCACGUGCAGAAGUGGGACGGCAAGGAGACCAAGUUCGUCAGGGAGAUCAAGGAUGGAAAGUUGGUCAUGAACUUGACCUUCGAGGAUAUCCAUGCAGUGCGCACCUACGAGAAGGCGUAGAGGCCAGUUUGCACCACUUCUUCAUCAUUGUCUUCCUCCUCAAAAGCUGCACGUUUUUUUAAAAAGAUUUUUUUAUAUGAAAAAAUGUGACACAUUCAUCUCUGCAAAUGUGGGGAAUAAAACAUAAGGAAAU